ACAACAUUUCCACAUUUGUGGUGCUUUUCUCACUUUUGUCUAAAACCAAACAAAUCUCAAGCCGAAGUAGAAACCAAGAGAGAUGGUGAAGGAAACAGAGCUCAUCUUCGUUCCAGUUCCAUCCACAGGUCAUAUCCUCGUCCAUAUUGAAUUCGCCAAGCGUCUCAUCAAUCUCGACCAACGGAUCCACACAAUCACUAUCCUCAACUUGUCUUCACCCUCUUCUCCUCACGCCUCCGUCUUCGCCAGAUCUCUCAUCGCUUCACAGCCCAAAAUACGUCUCCACGACCUUCCCUCUACCCAAGAUCCUCCUCCAUUUGAUCUCUACCAAAGAGCUCCGGAAGCUUACAUCGUAAAGCUCAUCAAGAAAACUACUCCUCUGAUCAAAGACGCCGUCUCCAGCAUCGUCGAGUCGCGUCGUCGAGGAUCAGAUUCGGUUCGAGUCGCCGGUUUGGUUCUCGAUUUAUUCUGCAAUUCAUUGAUUGCUGAUGUUGGCAACGAGCUUAAUAUUCCUUCUUACAUAUUCCUCACGUGUAACGCUAGAUAUUUGGGGAUGAUGAAAUAUAUUCCAGAUCGGCAUCGGAAAAUCGCAUCUGAGUUCGAUUUGAGCUCCGGCGAUGAGGAAUUGCCGGUUCCAGGAUUCAUAAACGCUAUUCCGACGAAAUUUAUGCCGCCUGGAUUGUUCAACAAAGAAGCUUACGAGGCUUACGUCGAGCUAGCGCCGAGAUUCGCUGAUGCGAAGGGUAUUAUGGUAAAUUCCUUCGCCGAGCUUGAGCCACACCCGUUUGACUAUUUCUCUCACCUGGAGAACUUCCCUCCGGUUUACCCGGUCGGACCGAUUCUCAGCUUGAAAGAUCGAGCGAGUCCGAACGAAGAAGCAGCCGAUCGGGAUCAGAUCGUUGGGUGGCUCGAUGAUCAGCCAGAGUCAUCGGUGGUGUUCCUCUGUUUCGGGAGCAGAGGAAGCGUUGAUGAGACGCAGGUGAAGGAGAUAGCUCAAGCGUUGGAACUCGUCGGCUGCAGAUUUCUUUGGUCAAUUCGAACAAGCGGCGCCGCGGGGACGAGUCCUAACGAUGUGUUGCCGGAGGGGUUCAUGGGCCAAGUAGCGGGCCGAGGUUUGGUAUGUGGUUGGGCUCCACAAGUGGAAGUGUUGGCCCAUAAAGCAAUAGGAGGGUUCGUGUCUCACUGUGGUUGGAAUUCUACGCUUGAAAGCUUAUGGUUCGGCGUUCCUGUCGCCACGUGGCCGAUGUACGCAGAGCAACAGCUUAACGCUUUCACGUUGGUGAAAGAGCUUGGACUUGCGGUGGAUCUCCGGAUGGAUUACGUGUCGAAUCGUGGGGGUUUGGUGACUUGUGAUGAGAUAGCCAGAGCCGUCCGAUCGUUGAUGGACGGUGGGGAUGAGAAAAGGAAAAAGGUUAAGGAGAUGGCUGAUGCAGCGAGGAAGGCUUUGAUGGAUGAAGGAUCGUCGUCUUUGGCAACUGCUCGAUUCAUCGGAGAAUUGUUUGAAGAUGGUUCGUCGUGCUAAUGCAAAUGUUGGUGCAAUCAUUCAACAUGCUUAGUUAUUUGAUACCGAAAACAAAUUUGCUUAGUUAAUUAUAUCUGAUCCUGGAGAAUAUACUUGAAACUAUAUGUAUUUUUUCUUUUCACUAAUAAACUUAUAUGUUAAGU